CUCUGUCAGAGUUCGACGCAGGGGUACGGUAGCAAUUAAAGCUUAUGCGGGAAACUAGCGGUCAUGCUCAUUAGAGAUAGAGCGAAGUUGCACCGUUCUGGUAGCCGUAAAUCCAUCUAAGGUUUUGUCCUAUCCGAUGAUGAACACGGGAGAUACGACGCAGAACUUCCGUUUGUUACCCACUUUAUUUCAACAACUCUGGAAGGCCGAUUUCUCCCGCCUAGUGUUUUGUUCGAAAGUUUGACCCCGCCGGCCUAAGCCGAACGCUACUAUAACGAGAACUGUAAACGGACAGCACAGCGAACAGUGAUGUUCGGAGGCGGAGCAGUACAGCAGUUGAAUGCUUUCGAUGUUCUGUCUGAACCUUGGACUUCAGUUCUUCGCCCGAUUGCACCGAACUAUUGACAAUGGGUCAUUCGAAGGCGGCUCAGCCAACAGCAUGCAGCUCCCCAUCAGCUCCUCUGCCAGCGCGAACGACAAAUCAUCAGAUGGACAACUGAACCAAAGAAGCCUGGGUAUCAAGACAACCUUCGGCAACACGGGAUCAUCUAUUAUAGGUAUAGGCAGCGCACCACGGGAAUUCCCGUUACUGCCAGGCUCGGGCAUUAAACCAUCUGUAUACGGCACGGGUUCUACUAUAAUACAAACAGGUGGGCUACCGCAACGGCCAGUUAUUCCCACCGGGAUCAACGGAAGCCGAACCAUUAUAGAAUCGGAUGCCUUUCGAAAGGUAUUCUGGCAACAGCCAGGCAUCAGCCCCAUCGGCACCAACGUAGGAAUGCAGAUACUGCGCGGAGAGGCUCCGAUGAUCCGCGUCAUCGAGACGAAGAUUCACGAAGGACGCGAGAUGGAGCGAAACCUGACGGCCAUCCGCAUCGCCAUCCUCCGAGAGCUGUCCGGCGCUACGGGCAUUGGAGUCAUCCGGCGCUUCCAGAUCCGGCGGCGACUGCGAGAGCUCGACGUGCGCCUCAACGAACUACACCGAAAGAACCAAGAGGCCGAGCAGAAGUUCCGGACGUUCAUCGGCGGCGUCGCAUCGGGCAAGAUCCGCGACCGACGGCAAGCACGAUCCAUCCUGGACAACAUCUACCACUUCUGCGGAACGGUGGUCGCCAAGCUCGUCUUCAUCUGCCGGGGAGUCGCCGGAGGACUCAUCAACCUGUGCAAGGGCAUCAUCUUGGGCCUGGCCAACGUGAUCCACGGAAUUCUGGGCCUGAAGCUGCGUCCUCUAGAAGCCGGCGUCAACGUGGUCGCUGGAAUCUAGUCAGCCCCGUCGUGGUAGCAAUAAAUGUACGUUCGUCGCAAGCAAGCGCGGUUGCUCUGUGGCGUUGUACGU